AUGGAUGUUUUUGUUAUCAGUUACAGUCGUACUUUUGUGAAAGGAACCACCUUCCUGAUACCAAACUUUGGAUCAGAUUGCGAAAUAGAUUUCAAAGAUACGCCAUAUUGUAGAAAUCUUUCCAAGUUUUCUAGCAAAAAACAAUUUUCCAUUCGGGUUUAUUUAAGAGUACCGGAAUUUGUUUACGUUAGAUUUUUUAUUCAAGUUAUACCAGAGUUAGAUAGUUUGAUAAACACUCAUUUCUUCGCGGGUAUUUUAAUAGUGCCGGUAGCUUCUGAAAUUUUGUCACCGCAUACGUGUGCUAUUGCAAUCGGAUAUGAUUUAUGUCUGAUUAUCAUUGUUUGUAAGCAGAGCUGGUAUUUUUUCCCAUUUAUAGUUGGUAGAAGCCUGGUCAUAGGCACAUUCAUAGUGGUGCUGAAAAGAUUUUGUCAUUGGCAUCCUAAAGAUGCAUGUGGAAAGGAGUUCGACUUGGAGGCGCAGAUUGAAUUAUGCAUCUGCAAAGGAACUGAGAUAUUCCAACAAAAGGAUCAAAUAAAUCAGGCUACAGAGGCAAAAAAUUAUAAAAUGAGUCAAGAGCAGCUAAUCGCACCAGGGAAUCGAAGAAAUAUCCAAAGAAACGUUUCAAGCAGUGCGAAUGGCAUAACAAUAAUCAUUGAAACGAGUGAAGAGUGCCAAAUCCAGCGAAAGAAUCAAUUCAGAUUAGAGAAAAUUUCCUAUAAUUGUAUGGAUCAAGUCGCCGAUGCACAAGCUGCUGGAACGAGUGAGUAUCAUACGAGAAUCAAGCAAGGGUGGCAAUUAAGUACAAAAAACAACCUUUCAAACAGUGCGCCUGAUCCACCUAAGAAAAAAAUUAUUGGAAUGAGCGAAGAGCAUAAGGAGAUCCUGCGUGUUCAUUCUUCAAAUAUAAUGAAUAGUAUUUCAACCUGUGUGGAAGAAGUCAUUGACAAUUUAUACACCCACGGUGUUAUCACUGACGGUCAAAAAGUUAAACUGUACAGUAUUCCAAACAGACAUCAACAAGUUAAAUCCUUGCUGGAUAUCCUACCUGAACGUGGUAGUAAAGCCUUUGAAUUAUUCUGUAAAAGCCUAACUAAAUGUCACCCUGAACUGAAACGUAAGUUGGUUGAGGAAGCUGAACUGAUUGGUUUACCAGUUUCUAUCGAUUCUAUAACUUAG